AGUGCCUGAAAGGGAGGGAGCCAGACCAGGAGGAAGAGCUGAUGAGCAGCUUGGGCCAGAUACUGGCCCGGAUAGAGGAGAUGGGGCGGGCACAGGCGGAGGAGAGCCGCCUGUUCCUCGGAACCCUCCGAAACCCGCCGGCGCUGGGGCAGACUCCCGUUCCCCGUGACCCGCAGCCGACCCCCGAGCCGUCGGAGCUGCCGACCCCCGAGGUCCAGGACCCAUCGGAGCUGCCGACCCCAGAGCCUCAGGACCCGUCGGAGCUGCCGACCCCUGAGGUCCAGGAGCCGUCGGAGCUGCCGGACCCAGAGCCCCAGGACUCGUCGGAGCUGCAGAACCCCGAGGUCCAGGACCCGUCGGAGCUGCCGACCCCAGAGCCCCAGGACCCGUCGGAGCUGCCGACCCCUGAGGUCCAGGAGCCGUCGGAGCUGCCGGACCCAGAGCCCCAAGACCCGUCGGAGCUGCCGACCCCAGAGCCCCAGGACCCGUCGGAGCUGCCGACCCCAGAGCCCCAGGACCCGUCGGAGCUGCCGGACCCAGAGCCCCAGGACCCGUCGGAGCUGCCGACCCCCGAGCCGACCCGUCGGUGGAGGGCCGACUCCGGAUCCCCGGGCCCUGUCAGAGCGUCUCCGCUGCUGGGAUCCUUACGCUGCCACAACGACUACGAGUCGUACGUCCACUGCAGCUGGAGGGAGCACGGAAACCAAACACUGCAGCUGUGGUUCCAGACAGAAACCCACAGGAAGCAGUGUGCGCCUCACCCAGCUGAAGUGCAGCAUGCAAGUGAGCGCAGGACGGCCCGGUGCAGAUAUGAGACGCGGGCCUUUUCCAUCGGCAUCGAACACACGGUCUUCUUCCUGGAGGACCGAGCGCUGACCCGCUGCUCGCCCGCCCCGCGCCGGCUGCUGGACCUUUCUCUGCACCUGAGAGCCAGCCCACCGGUGAAUCUGUCCACACAUGGGGCAAGUGAUGGAGGCAGACGGCUCACUUGGUCCAGCCCCUACUCCUCCUCCUCUUCUUCUUCCUCCUCCUCCUCCUCUUCCUCCCUGAACAAACACAUCACCUAUCAGCUCAGCUACAGGACGGACCGACAGGACAACUGGACGACCGAGGAGGUCACCAACACCAGUGUGACCCUGGAGGAGCGUCUGCUGCUCCCGGGUCACAGGUACGAGGCCCGGGUGAGGGCCCGGGUCAGCAUGGGUCAGUGGAGCGACUGGGGCCCGCCGGUGGCCUGGCGCACUCAAGAAGACACUGGGCAGUCUCCCAGUUUGCAUUGUGUGCUGGUGGGAGAGGGGGAGGUGGUGUGCAGCUGGGAGGUGAGCAGAGAGCUGGACCACUUCAUCACCUACCAGCUGGCAUACCGACACCAGCAGUCUGAGAGGUACUGCGUGGACCCAACGGUGACCUCUGACCUCGGCGGCGCUGUGCUGAGGUACAGCUGCACAAUGGCCGCCGCAGACCCCGCGCGCCUGCUCGUGAGGCUCCUCCCACAACGCGCAGCCAAGAGAUUCAAGGCCGACAAACACAUCCGGCCCGGCCCACCGCGGCAGGUGACGGUGAGGCAGAAACACAGCAACUGGAUGGUGGAGUGGACCGAGCCGAGCACGGCUUCAAAGCUGCGGCUGUUCUACCAGGUGUUCUACCACAGGGGGCGGGGCCAGGGCUCGCCGGUCCUGCUGAACAUCUCGGAGGGCUCCACGUCGCUGAGCAUCCUGGGAGCCUCUCUGGCCUCGUCCCAGCACUACCAGGUCAAGGUCAGGUCGCUGGUUGUCCCCAUCCACUAUGAAGGCAUCCCCUCCGACUGGACCCACCCGGUGGACUGGACCUCACAAGAGGCCAUCUGGUCCCCGACCACGCUGAUCUAUUUCACCAUCGCUGUGUGCGUGGCCGCUGCGUUCCUCGUGCUCUACUGCAGCAUCCCGGCUUGUCUAAGAAGGUCCACUCUGUGGAUGGACUCGGUCCCGUCUCCGGGAAAAAGCAAAAUCCUGUCCGACAUCAAGUGUGCCUCCAGCCGGACCCUGGUGCAGAGUGAGAGCAUCACUGUCUGCAAAGUGAUGCGUUUCGACAGCGUGUCGACAUGCUCCUCGUUGCUGUGGCCGGCCAAGGAGCGUCUGGAGGAGGAACGAUGGAAGCCGCCCCCCCCUGCUGUGAAGGACACGUCCUCCAUGAGCUUCAGCGGGCCGUACAUCUUCUGUCAGGCGUCACAGGCGGCGAGGCGCGAGGCGGCGGGCGUCGAGUGUGAGGAGAGAGAGCGGGAACGAGAAACCCCGUCUGCCGCCUCUCCGUCUCCUCCCCCGGGGGAUUUCUCCCUCUACGGGGGCGGGUACGUGUGUCUGCCCGGCCGCAGCGUCUCCAGGUCCACGCAGGACCUCGUGUCUCACGGCGCCGGCGCCACCGCCGACGCUGAGCAGGACCACCGGGGUCACGACGGCAGCCGACCUCCGGCCUCCAGCUCGGGGCCUUUCGCCCUCUGGCCUCAGGGGGACCCCGCAGAGGCCUCGGGGUAUUGCCACCUCCCCGCCUUCACAAGAGCGGCACAGUGAACUAGAGAAGGGGGGGGGGGUCAAUAUGUGAUUUAUUGUUUACACUUUACUGUCAGCGACAUAUGCUCACACGGGGAAACAUGAGAGAUGGACCACGUCGCUGGUCUUAUCUGACCCCAUCCGGCCGGCUGUGUGAACAACGGAGGGCAGCAGUGAGCUGAGUGCAACACACGGAGACGUUUCAGGGAUGGACGUCAGUGUGUCGGCUGGCUUUGUGAGCUUUUUUUUGUUUUGUGGAAACUUCCUCACACAUUCCAGAUCAGAAUGAAAUAACAGAAGCACCUUCCACGCAUAAUACAAUACAACCCCCCCCCCCUAAGUAAAUACCUUUGUGAAGUUCUGUUUCAUUUGUUGGUCACAAAGAUUCAUCCUCACCUCACUCACUUCCUUCCUUGUAUACUUUUCCCAGACAAUAUAAAUAUGUAAAUAAGUUACUCACAGGCUGUACGGACACGUCGAACAGACACACACACACACACUCUGAAGAGCUGUGUUGAAAUGUGAACCUCUUUUUUUAUUCCCUUCCCCUGAAUUCCUGGAGUCUCUCCCAGUGGAGGAGGGAGACGCAGAACGAUGUCAGCUUCAUUUCAUGGGAACCGUUUGCAGACGGCCGUGUUUGGCUGCGGUCGUGUCUGCACGUUUGCACAGGUGUGCGAGUUCGGACCGUGUUGUCAACGUUGCAGCACGAGUGUUGCUGGGUGGACAAAUACAUAAUGUGAUCUACUGGUGUGUUGAUGUGUUGUGUGGCACCAGCCAACUCACUGUGUUUAGGUCUCCACUGAGACAUUAAAUGUACGUAGAAUGUCGAGUGUCAAUACUGGAGACUUGGCGUCUUCAAAAUUGCUUCAGAAUAAUAGUGAGAAUUGGCA